AUGUCCCUUGAAAAUUGCAAUAAAGAUAUCAGUUACGCAAUUAAUACUUGUCGAGGAAUAGCAUCAAUUUUGGGACUAUGGCCAAACCAAUACGAAAAAUCGGUGUUAAAAAGAAGUUUUAAAUUUAUGAUGAAUGUGACAUCAUUACUACUUAUGACAUUUAUUAUUGUGUCUUGCAUCUUGUUUGCGAUUUUUGAAUUGAAAGAUAUAUCUGAAAAAGUAAUGUUAACAGGUCCCACGAGUUUUUACGUUAUGGCUUUAAUGAAAUAUUCUGUAUUAUUAAUGCGAAGUCGUGACAUUGAAAACUGUUUCAAGUUUAUUGAAAAAGAUUGGCAAUGUGCUGAGAGUAUCGAGCAGCGGGAAAUAAUGUUAAAACACGCGAAAUUUGGAAGAGUCAUCACAAUUCUCUGUGCAAUUUUCAUGUAUCUUGGCGGUUUUUGGUAUUCUGUUUUGAGUCCUUUAACAACUGAGCCAAUUGUCACUCAUUGCAAUAUUUCUGUUCAACCUUUUCCAUCCCCAAUUUCUGGCAAAUAUUUAACCUGCGGUCUUAGUCCAAUUUACGAAAUUCUUUAUGCUUUGAUUCUUUUUUCUGUUUUUAUAAUGUAUUCAAUUGCUGUUGUGACAUUUGGCUUUGCUGCAGUUUUGACAAUUCAUGCAUGCGGGCAAUUUGAGAUCGUAAUUAUUUAUUUAAACGAUCUGGUUAGUGGAUUGGAGAAAGAAAAAAAUCCUGAUCUACACGAAAAAUUGAUUGUUACUGUGAAUUUUCAUUUGAGAGUAUUAAGUUUUGUGUCUCGACUGGAAUCAGCUUUAAACGAAAUAUGCUUUAUUGAAUUCCUUGGCUCCACGCUUAAUAUUUGCCUUCUCGGAUAUUAUACAAUUAUGGGAUGGAAAAAUGAAGAAUUUACAGCCAUUAUAACAUUCUCCACACUUCUUGCUUCCUUUCUUUUUAAUAUUUUUAUAUAUUGCUUAAUUGGUGAAUUUUUGACCAUGCAGCGCACAAAACUUUCCAAGAGAGUUUUCUGUCUAAAGCUUCAGUAUGAUUCUGUAAGCGAAGUAAUAAUGUUUCGCAAAUCUAAUCGAGACUCAGUACGAUUGUAUGAAAGUGAUUAUGCUAUUAAUUCUUGCAAACCAAUAGCCUUAAUUGUUGGUCUUUGGCCAAUUCAUUUUCAAAAUUCUCCGUCUGGAAAAGUCAUUAGUAUAAUUUUAAAUUUCGCCGCAAUUUUAUUCAUGAUGUUUCGCUUCACAUCGAAUAUUCUCUAUGGGAUAGGUGAAAAAAUUGAGAAAUGCUUUAAAGUUCUCGAGGAAGAUUGGUGUCGGAUUGAAAAUGACGAACAACGUGAUGUGAUGAUGAAGAAUGCGCAUUUUGGAAGAUAUAUCACUGUCAUUUGUACUAUUUUUAUUUAUCUUGGAGGGUUUGGGUACAAUGUGCUAAUACCGUUGAUGAGCGGUUCAAUAAUUACUCAUCUGAAUAUUUCCGUUAAACCUUUUCCUUCUCCAGUUUAUGGGAAAUUUUUGAAGAGUGGUAUCAGUCCUAUUUAUGAAAUUGUUUUUGGUUCGCAAAUUUUAUCAGCUUUCUUCUUAUACAGUGUAACGCCUGUGGCUUUUAGUUUCGUUGCGGUACUGACAAUGCACGCGUGUGGUCAAUUUGAAAUAGUCACCCUCUAUUUGAAUAAUCUUUACAAUAAGUUUCAAGAUGAAAAGAAUAGUGUACAUGAAAAAUUUAUUAUUCUUGUAAACUCACAUUUGCGUGUUUUGAGUUUUGUUGCUAAAUUAGAAGCUGUAUUCACAGAAAUAUGUUUCAUCGAAAUAAUGGGUUGCUCAAUCGACUUGUGUAUGUUGGGAUAUUAUUUAAUAAUGUGUGCAAAACAGUCCAACUACUCCAACUUAAUAACGUUCAGCUUCCUUUUCGCAUCGUUUCUUUUCAACAUUUUUAUUUACUGUUAUAUCGGGGAAUUGCUUACACACCAGGCUAAAAAAGUUGGAGAAACGAGUUACAUGAUCGAUUGGCAUCUUCUUCCAAAGAGAACAUCGAAAGAUCUCCUCUUUUUUCUUCGAUGUGCACAAUCUUCAACUAAAAUAAAAGCUGGAAAAGUAAUUACCCUCUCAUUUUCAACGUUUGGAUCAGUCAUUAGAUCGGCUGGUGCAUAUUGUAACGCUCUUUGGAAUAUGACCAAAUAAAAUGUGUUAAAUUGAAAAUCGAUAGAGUCAUAAGUAAU